UCACUGGAAAGAGAGAUCACACCACAAAAGGCACAAUGGAGGGAGAAGAAGAAUGGAUACUAAUGGUCGAUAACGAAGAGGCAAAGAUUGCAGAAGAAAUAAAGAGAAAAAAAGAAAGAAUCAAAUCAGCUACCAGUUGUGAACAUCUGUAUAACCUAGAAGUGAGAAAAGAUGGUGUUUAUACCAUUAACCCUGAUGGCCUGGGUUCGUUCCAAGUCAGAUGUGAUAUGAGUACAGACGGUGGUGGCUGGACCGUGUUCCAAAGAAGACAAGAUAGAAGUCAAGAUUUCUACCUUGGAUGGUCACACUAUAAAGCUGGCUUUGGUGAUCUUAACGGCGAUUUCUGGUUGGGCCUUGAUAAAAUACAUCGUUUGUGGAAAUCUGGUCAAAAUGUUCUAAGAGUAGAUUUGAUGGAUUUCAAUGGCGCUAAACGUUACGCUAAAUAUGGAACGUUUAGUGUGGCUGAUGAAUCAGACAAAUACAGAUUGAAUAUUGGCAGUUUUUCAGGUAAACCAUGCACGAUCAGGAUAAAUUUAGAUUCAAUGCUGUUGAAGCUUAUUCGUAUUUGUUAUCACAGCGUCACAAGUCACAAUAAAAUAGUAUGGAUGUAGAGUUUAAUUUUGUUUUAGCCUCUGGGAUCGAGUGACCGAUCUUUGGCAAUGUGUCUCGAUAUACCUGUCCCAAUAUACAUAGCUACAGAAAAAGACUUGAAUGGGAUUUAUAAAAUAACAUGCAUGUACAUAACGUGAAUGUGUUCUGAUUGGUCAAAGCCCGUGUUUGGAUCAGGCCAUGCAAACACGGAAAUUAAAUUCGCUUAUGGAAAAAAACGUGGAAGCAAACUUGGAUUGCCUGAUCCAAACACGCGGGAAUGUUGCGACACGUAGGAAAAGCGCGCGAAACACAAGCAGAAGGCCUCGAGUUGUUUGUGAACCUAUGUUUUCAGAGUUUUGUCUUAUCUGAAUAUGUUACUGUUUGUUUAUUUUUGUAAAGGUGACGCAGGUGGUUCCCUUGAUUAUCACAAUCAAAUGCAGUUCACUACCAAGGAUAGUGACAAUGAUCCUGAUAAUAGGAAUUGUGCUACGACGUACAAAGGAGGUUGGUGGUACAAGAGCUGUCAUGCUUCCAACCUCAAUGGCCUGUACCUGGGUGCAGGUCAGACUAGUAGCAGCGGAAUAAAAUGGCACAGUUGGCACGAUUAUUCUAUGCAAAAGACGGAGAUGAAAAUUCGUUCAAGCCAGUUUUAAAAUAUUCCUGCACAAUUAAGCGAAUCUUUGCACCAUUGUCAAAUUAUAUAGGACUGAUAUAAAUGAGACAACAAUAUAUCUGCACGAGGUUUCGUAUAAGUAUGCUUUUAUACCAGAUUGAAGCUCAUAUGUAACGAGCUUUAAGCCCCGUUUACACAACACUCGAUUUAUUGGCACGACACGGCUAAAAUUGGCACCCGUACGCAAUUGUUUAGUGUUCAGGCUACCAAAAGAAAGGCCGAGCAGAGAUGAAAUGGGCACUGUACCCAUUUUAGCCAUGCCGUGCAAAUAAAUCGAGUGUCGUGUAAACGGGGCUUUCAAUGUCGUGCUUUUGAACUUUAAUGUCGAUCUCAGGCCCGAGAGCUUUAUGGCAAAAAUAAAAUACCGUCUAGCUAUCGCGGCUGGAAAACCGGCUUUAAAAGAAACGUGGAUAUAUAAAAACAUAUUUAAACUCAAGAACAUGAAUAUAGUAUAGUUAUUAUUAUAAUAUAACUACUCCUGUAUAUGGGCUCAGCUAAUAGCUCUCGUGUGCUGCGGGCUUUACCUGCGGC